AUGUCACCACCAUUUAAAUAUCAACAACCAGAACAUAGAUUAACUUUAAUUCCUGGACCAAUUGAGUUUAGUAAUGAUGUUUUAGCAUCAAUGGCUACUCCAUCUCAAGCUCAUACAUCACCAGAUUUUAUUUAUACUUUUAAAUAUGUUUUACAAACUUUAAGAAAAUUAUUCAAAUCAGAAGAUCCAAAUACUCAAGGUUUUGUAUUAAGUGGUUCAGGUACAUUAGGUUGGGAUGUUGCUGCGACAAAUAUUAUUGAACCAGGUGAUAAAGUUUUAGUAUUAUCAACUGGGUUUUUUUCAGAUUCAUUUGCUGAAUGUUUAAGAGUUUAUGGUGCAAAUGUUGAUGUAUUAACUGCAGAAAUUGGUGAUGUUGUUCCUUUAGAUAAAAUUAAAGAACAAUUACAAAAGGAAAAAUAUAAUGCUAUUACUAUCACUCACGUUGAUACUUCAACUUCAGUUGUUAGUCCAGUUGAAGCCAUAAGUAAAAUUGUUAAAGAAGUAUCGCCAGAAACUUUAAUUAUAGUUGAUGGUGUUUGUUCAGUUGGGGUUGAAAAUUUAGAAUUUGAUAAAUGGGGAUUAGAUUUUGUUUUAACUGCAUCACAAAAGGCAAUUGGUGUACCAGCAGGCUUAUCAAUAUUUUAUGUUAGUGAAAGAGCAUUAGCAAAAGCAUUAAAUAAAGAAAAAGAAACUACGUUUUUUGCAAGUUUGAAAAGAUGGACUCCAAUUAUGAAAGCUUAUGAGAGCGGAUCAGGUGCUUAUUUUGCUACUCCUGCAGUUCAAACUAUAACUGCUUUAAAAACUUCAUUAGAAGAAAUUUUUGAUGAAUCAUUAGAUAAAAGAUUUGAAAGACAUGCAAAACAAUCAGAUGAAUUUAAAACAAAAUGUAAAGAUUUGGGUUUAAAAAUUUUACCAGUUGAUUCAACUGUUGCUGCUCAUGGUUUAACAGCUGUCUAUUUCCCAGAAGAUAUUAAUGGUCCAGAUUUAUUAAAAAAAUUAGGUGAAAAGGGAUUUACUGUUGCUGGUGGUAUUCAUAAAAAAUUAGUUGGUAAAUAUUUUAGAGUUGGUCAUAUGGGUUAUUCAGUUUAUGCUGGUCAUAUUGAUCAAUUUGAAAAAGCCUUGGAGUCAUCAUUGAAAGAAUUAAAGAAUUAA